UUAAGGAACAGCGCUUAUGGCGGAAGCUCAGCGAAAACGAUGCAUUGGCAUGUAAUGCUGUGCACUGAAGCUUCUCGAUACGUCUCAGCGCCAGGCCCACCACCCUCUUUGAGUCUUUGUCACACUACUCAGAGCUUAAUGUGUUCCUCUUCUCUUUCUCCUCCUCAUUUUUGAUUACUUCAAGCAUCAUUACAGGGGCUUCUUGUUGUACUUACUCUUCAUACAAAGAGCCCAAGUUUUGAGGAUACAAGCGCUUCUUUGUCGACGCUACUACUCACCCAUUUGAGGUGUUUUGUGAUCUAUAGGAUGGAAAAGAAGGAUCUCCAAGUUGAGCUUGGGACCAAGGAGUGCUUUGAAGAAGCACUCCCCCCUGUUUUGAAACUUGUUUCAUCUCAAACUGUUGCUGGAUUUGAUUGUGUUGGUUAUGCAAAUGGCAAAAAUGAUCAAUCUCAAACAGCUACCAAUUACACUUCUCAAGAAGAGACACUUGUUCAUGAGCCAGGAACAGAAGUUGCUGAUACUCGUGGACAGGACAUAGUAAUCAACUUGCCCGAGCUAAGCUCGCCGAUUCAAAUGGCCAAUCAUAGCCGUCCGUUCUCUCUGUCUUUUAGCUUGCCGAGCUCUCCCUCGGGGCUUCACAUCGGGCAAACCAAGACGGUCAUUUACACCGAUAAAGACAAGGCAAAUGCUGCUAACGGCGUGAGCUCUCAACCGCCUGAACAAGGGAAGUAUCAUUCUCAGCCUAUGCCUGUGAUCGAGGGCCCGAGAAGAGUGCCGAGGAGUGACAGUGUGCGGGACAAACGAUUCGAUCCUUUUAAGACGUGGUCGGGGAGGCUCGAGAGGCAGCUGUCGAAUUUGCGCGGGAAGCCCCAAGAGGUAGAAGAAGAAGAGGAUUUGGAGGCCAAUUCCUCUCAUGGUGCUGCCCAGACCGACGCUGUUCCGGCCGUGGAACGCUAUUUCGAUGCCUUGGAAGGGCCUGAAUUGGACACUUUAAGGGCAACAGAAGUGUCUGUUCUGCCAGAGGACAAGAAGUGGCCCUUCCUUCUGCGAUUCCCGGUAAACGCUUUCGGAAUCUGCCUCGGGGUCAGCAGCCAGGCCAUUCUGUGGAAAACACUGGCAACAUCCCCCUCCAUGACCUUCCUCCGCGUGAGCCCGGCCGCGAAUCUAGUCCUGUGGUUCAUCUCCCUUGCACUGAUGGGACUCAUCUCCCUCAUCUACUCCUUGAAAGUCAUCUUCUACUACGAAGCGGUCCGGCGGGAGUACUACCACCCCGUCCGCGUCAACUUCUUCUUCGCCCCCUGGAUCGCCUGCCUCUUCUUAGCCAUGGGAGUUCCGCCAUCCGUUGCUGUCAACCUUCCAGCCCCUCUCUGGUAUGUCCUCAUGGCUCCAAUCUUUUGCCUGGAACUGAAAAUUUAUGGCCAGUGGAUGUCCGGCGGCCAAAGGAGGCUCUCGAAGGUGGCGAAUCCGACGAACCACUUAGCGAUCAUAGGCAACUUUGUCGGCGCGUUGUUGGGCGCAUCGAUGGGGCUCAAAGAAGGGCCGAUCUUCUUCUUCGCGGUCGGAUUGGCUCACUACAUUGUACUGUUUGUAACUCUUUAUCAGAGGCUCCCUACAAAUCUCACUCUUCCAAAGGAGCUCCAUCCGGUUUUCUUCCUAUUCGUGGCGCCGCCGAGCGUCGCUUCCAUGGCUUGGGCGAAGAUCCAAGGAGACUUCGAUUACGGGGCGCGAAUCGCGUACUACAUUGCUUUGUUCCUCUACAUGUCACUGGCCGUGCGGAUAAACUUCUUUCGAGGCUUCAGGUUCUCACUUGCUUGGUGGGCAUACACAUUUCCGAUGACCGGUGCCGCGGUCGCAACAAUAAGAUACUCCGAGGAAGUCGCGAAUGUGUUUACGCACGCGCUCUCUAUCGGACUCUCCGCCAUCUCCACCUUCACCGUGACAGCACUGCUCGUGACGACGAUCAUCCAUGCAUUCGUACUUGGCAACCUGUUCCCGAACGACAUCUCGAUCGCGAUCACGCAGAAGAGACCGAAGUUCAGUAAGAUGUUAGCACAUCUAAGAUCAUCAAGCGCAGAUAUGAAAGAUUUAGAUUCUUCUGCACCAAGAGUUUCGCAGGAAUACUGAGUGCAUUCAGAAAGGUUGGUUUUGGACCAUCUGUACAUACUUAAUUGUUGGAUCCUCAUCUGUAAAGAGAUUCAAAGCCCAAUUUAUUCAACAGUGGCUAUGAAUCUCAAAGAGGUUCUCCAAUUCAUCUUAUUUAGUUUUUAUACAUGAAAAGGGAGGGAGAGAGAGAUAAUUAAGAGGAAGAGUUUGUAGAAUAAGGAGAAGCAUCCUACUCAAUAUGCCAUGCUCCCAUUGAAGUAGUGUAGAAGAGUUUGUAGAAUAAGGAGAAGCAUCCUACUCAAAGCUCAAGCUGCCUCCAACUUGUAUGCUCAGUUCAUUUGACCUAAUGAAUGAAGCAGGUAGCUUGCUACCUAUUUUCUCAAAAAAAAAUAUUUUCCUCGGUUUAAGCAA